AUGCCGGAAGCCUUCCGGCAGAUCUUGCGCAUGUCUUAUCCCUCCUUCUCUUCAUUGGCUACCACUAGAUCCAAUGGCAACUACAAUCAUGGUACAGUUGUCCGUCGGCUUACGUCAUCAAUCCGGUUGAAUGAAGAAGGACCACAUUCGUAUCGAGUGCACGCCAAACCUCUGCCGGGAAAUAGUGGAGUUGGAUUGGAUCGGUUCUUGGCUGCACAGAGAUUGGAUAUUCAACAGAGACACGAACAGUUGUUUAAUGAGAAUAGUUUAGAGAAGAUUAGACAAUGGAACACAUUGAAAGAUGGUUACGAGUUAUCAGAUAACAAAGGAGUGGCACAGAAGUUUAUAUUUGAAGAAGAGCUAGCGGCUUAUAAGAAACUUCGAUAUGAAAGUAAACCAGCAAAACUUCUGGAAGCAGUUUUCAAAGGUAUCACAACUUAUCAUCAAAUCCAUCCAUCGUUUGGAGAGAAGGUCUUUUUUGAAUUCCCUCUGGAAAAUCCUCAUUCUGAACCAAUAAACUGCACACUUGAAUUUGAUGACACUGCACUUCGACCAGUUUUUGAUGAAGAAGAAUGGAAGUUUUUUAAAGCAGUCAACAAGUUGACAACACCGAUGGAAAGGAAUAUGAUGAGACAGACUUCUGAUCAAAUUGAAUUGUAUCUACAACCAAGAGACAUUAUAUUCGUUCCAUUUGUCUACGACGCCUUCUAUUUCCCUAGUGAUCAUUUUAAUACGUACUCCACAAAAGUGGUAUUCCGUCGAUGGGAUACAAAAGAACCUCUCUCAAUUCUGGAUCUGCAUAUUCAUCGUCGCAGUUUCCUCCUUCAACACGCUGUGACUUUCAUCUGUGAGACAUCUGGAAACUGGGAAAAACAAUUAGUUCUUCCUCCAAUGACCCGAGAUCGAAGAGUUUUUUCUUGUCGGUGUUCGGAUCCAUCUGUCAGGUUGACUCUUCGAAGUGCAACACUUCAACAAAUUGUUGGAUUUACUACGUAUUCUGGAGACACAAAUGAUCGAAAGACGUUUUUGUUGUUGAUGUACAGUGAUCACUAUCAAACGAGAUUGAUGGCUACCUGGAAAGUGACCAUUCUGCCAUUCUUCAAUGUUGAUGUUCGAAGUAUUGUUGGUCAGACAACACGUCUUCAUCUUCUGGUGCAUAGAAGAAGGUAA